CCAAAUCCAACGGCCCAUAUCAAACACAACAAUUAAAAUACCGAAGAGCUGAUCGGCCACCCCCGUCGCCUUUCUCGCACAACCCAGCCACGAGAUCUCGCCGUCGACGAAGCCCUUCUCGCCGACGAGCUCCUGCCAGAGCGCCGCCAUCACAGCCAUCUGAGCGUCUGCCUUUCGUCGCAGAAGUCUCUGUAACCCUCUUCAAAACUCAACUAUAAAGCAAUGGGUUUUUCUCCAGAUAAAUUCCUUCUCUUUCCUUCAAUUUUUUUGCUUGCUCACAUUCCUGAUUUGGGUUUCUAUGAGUUUUGCUCUUUUAUGAUAUUUUUGGCAUUUAUAUUGUUUUGAGCUUUGGAUUAGUUGACUGGUUCCUUUUUCUUUUUGAUUUUCCAUUUAUAUUGUUUAAAGCUGUAUGGAGUUUGUAGAAAUCUUUCCUGUGUUUUGGAGUAUUAUGUUUGUAAAAUAUUAGCUUACCCUAUAUGAGAAACGAGCUUAGAAGUUUUGUUCAUUUGAAGUAAGGUUCAUCUGAACUUUUGUUCAUUUAGUUAAGAACUCAAAAAGCUUUUGAACAAAAACUCAAUCUUUUGUAUGGAUAUAUAUAUAUAGUUAUGUAUACAGUAACGUUUAGAGAGUGUGUUUUUCUAGAUUUUUUUUACUUCUUUUUAAUUAUGUUUUGAUAUGGGUGUUUGGAUUUCAUUUGAUCUAAAUGUCCAAAAAUAUAUACUCUAAAAAAUAAUACCAAAAAGUGUGUCCAAAGAACCUGUCCUAAUAAUUUUUAUAUGGAUAUAUGAGAUGAGUUUGGUGAAUGUUGAUAUGUGAAGAAGAAGAAGACCUUAAUUAUGUGAUCAUGUAAAUACGAUUAUAUUCAUUUAUGCUACAUUGAACUUAGAUUAGAUAUACAACUGUUUUAGUUAAUCGAAAGUCAACCUUCAAAAAUUGAAACUUCAUAUGAAGAGCUUUCAGAGAAAAUUCCUGUACUUUUCAAUAAUAAUAACUAAACAAAACUAGACCAUACAUUUUAUAUCCAAGAAGUCUAUGGUCUUUUUUGAAACAAUUAUAUUAUUUUGGGCAUGGAUAAUUCUAUAUAUAAAUGUUCACAACACUUGAUAAAAUCUGAACUAGUUGAAGGAAAAAGAAGUCCUCAUAUGGCAAAAUCAAGCUUUGUUAUUACUGUUGUGGUUAUAUUCUAUUGUAUAUGCAGCCUUGUAGUUCCAACAAAAUGUUACCAUCACUAUCCUCAGCCCUUAGAAGAUGUAAUUGCAAGCUUGUUCAUCUUCGGAGAUUCACUAUUCGAUGCUGGAAAUAAUAACUAUAUCAACACUCCAGGUCAAGCCAAUUACUAUCCAUAUGGUGAAACCUUCUUUAAGUACCCAUCUGGUAGAUUUUGUGAUGGUCGAAUUAUUCCAGAUUUUAUUGCUGAGUGUGCUAAGCUACCGCUCAUUCCACCCUAUUUGUACCCUGGAAAUUAUGACUUUAGAUAUGGGGUGAACUUUGCUUCGUCAGGAUCUGGUGCUCUGACUGAAACUAGACAAGGAUUUGUGAUAGAUCUCAAAACUCAACUUGGUUAUUUCAAGAACGUUAGCAAUCAACUGAAGCAGCAAAUGGGCUAUGCAGAUGCCAAGACUCUGCUUUCAAGAGCAGUUUACGUCUUCAGUGUUGGGAACAACGAUUACUUAUUCCCUUUCGAUACUAACACCACAAUCCUUAAUUCCUACACUACCAAACAGUAUGUGGGAAUGGUCAUAGGCAACAUAACUCAAGUUACUCAGGAAAUUUACAACAUUGGAGGAAGGAAAUUUGGGUUUCUAAACUUGGCUCAUUUAGGGUGUACACCAUCUGGUAGAGUGCUUGAAGGGGGCAACAGUGGAGCCUGCUUUGAAAAAUUCACACCCUUUGUAAAAUUACACAACACACAACUCUCCAUGAUACUAAAAGAGCUACACACAAAGCUCAAAGGAUUCAGAUACUCACUUGUUGACUUUUACUCAUUUUCUCAAGAAAGGUUAAAUAACCCCUCAAAAUAUGGGUUUAAAGAAGCUAAGGAGGCAUGUUGUGGAAGUGGUCCAUAUAGAGGAUAUUUCAGCUGUGGAGGUAGGAGAGGAGUGAAAGAGUAUGAACUGUGUGAAAAUGUCACAGACUAUGUCUUCUUUGACUCUACUCAUCCCACAGAAAAGAUCAACAUGCAGUUUACCAGGGAAGCUUGGAAUGGUAAGCCUGGUUUCUCAGGGCCUUACAAUCUCAAAGCGUUGUUUCAAUCCAACUAAAAUGUGUGUCGUUUAGUUGUUUUUGUAUGUAUUCUAUUGUAUAUUUUUUUUCCUCUUAUGUAUUGUUAAGAGUUAAUAAAGACCUUGAAAUGUUACAUUUAUUUC